UUUCCUCUGGUCAAUUACUGGCUAGUUUACGACCUUGAGUCUAAUAGAAUUUGGCAAAAGAAGGUUUUGCUGACAUAGUUCAACAGAUUUGAGCCCCCAAUCUGGCAGCAAGGUUACCAUAGCAGCAUUAUAAUGAAGAGGAAAGGAAUCUGAUAGCAUGGAUCAUACAAGUGUUUGGAUGAAUGCAGAUCAACAAGAGCCGUACAAUACAUACUCCUAAUGGCUGAUAGGCCCACUCUACAGGAAUUGGAGAGUCUCACCCUUCCAGUGCCGGAGGAAGAUGUCGGAACUCCUGGAAACGUAAGUCAAGUUUCCUCCGUGUCUGCUCAUAGUCGCUGCCUACUCGUCAAGGGAAACACGCAGCGAGACAUUUACAUACAGCAGGGCCUCGAGUUCAGUCGGGGUGAGGACACUCGAUUUGGUAUCGGAAGAUGGAGGCCUCAGUGUUUACAAAGAUGCCUCAACAUCAAGGCAUUUGUGGUGUGUAUGAGUGUGCUUCUGGCUGUCUCAGGGACCUUGUCAACAGGAUAUUUGAACAGUGUGCUUACAACAAUCGAAAAACGGUUUGAAAUUGGUAGUUCUAUCUCUGGACUUAUCGCAGCAUCCUAUGAGUUUGGUUCACUGGUGGCAGUUGUGUUUAUCAGUUACUUGGGAGGGCGACGUCACAUUCCAGUAUGGAUCGCAACGGGCAUCUUUUUCAUGGGCCUCGGAGCAUUCCUGUUUACUCUGCCUCACUUUAUUGCCGAAAAAUAUACUGUGUAUCGAGGUUUAUCCGUCAAUAACACAGAAGAAAACAUAUGUAAAAUUAACAGUGGUUCCUUGGGGGAUGGGUGUAUUGACAAUGACUCAGGGAAUUGGAUGUACGUUUUAAUUCUGAUAUCCGCCCAGAUAAUGAUAGGCACUGGCAGUACCCCAAUCCUUACCCUGGGAACAACUUAUGUUGACAAUCACGUCCAUAAAGAUAAAGCUCCAGCAUAUUUAG